AUGUUUCCUAGACCUUUCCUCGACCAAGGCUACAACUUUGAAUCAGCAUGUGCUCAGCCCGAUGCCAUAUUUCCUCCUAAAGACCCGGCGCUUGACGAGGUGUACGACCGCAUCUCAAGCGAUGUCUUUAGAAACGCCAGCAUUCGUCGUCUUUCAGGCGCUGUCCAGGUCAAGACUGAGUCCUUUGAUGAUCUAGGCCCCAUCGGCGAGGAUCCGAGAUGGGACGUCUUCUACGACUUCCACAAGUAUCUUCGGGCGACAUUCCCGCUCAUACACAAAAAGCUUCUGGUCGAAAAGGUCAACACUCAUGGCUUGUUAUACACAUGGAAGGGCAGCAACGCGUCGCUCAAGCCCAUAAUUCUCAUGGCUCAUCAGGACACGGUGCCGGUCCCGCCUGAGACCAUCAGCUCGUGGACGUACCCACCAUGGAGUGGUUACUAUGACGGCAAAUACAUUUGGGGUCGUGGCGCCAGCGACUGCAAAAAUCAGCUGAUCGCCACGAUGGAGACGCUGGAGUUGCUCCUUGAGGCCGAAUUUAAACCCAAGCGGACGAUCCUCCUUUCUUUUGGGUUUGACGAAGAGUGCUCAGGCACCCGUGGAGCUGCGCAUCUGUCAUCGUUUAUCCAGAAGCGAUACGGAACUGACGGCAUCGCAGCGAUAGUCGAUGAGGGAAGCGGCUACGAGGAAGUGUGGGGGACACUCUUUGCCAAGCCGGGCACGGCGGAGAAAGGCUACACCGACCUGCACAUCACGGUUCGGACGCCAGGCGGUCACUCCUCGAUUCCGUCUGAUCACACGAGCAUCGGGAUUCUCAGCGAACUAAUCACCAAGAUUGAGGCUGAGCAGUAUCCAACCCGUCUUGUCGACAAGAACCCUUACUACACCCAACUUCAGUGCGGAGCUGCCUACUCGCCCGAGUUUCCUAACAAGUUGAAGAAGCUGCUAAUUCGGCGGCACGAAACUGCUCAUGACAGCUGCAAGGCCAAGCCUGAUUAUCUUGCCAUCGAGGCCGCCAAGCAGGGUCCGGAUAUCAAGUACCUGAUGCAGACCUCCCAGGCCGUCGAUGUCAUCUCCGGCGGCAUAAAGACCAAUGCCCUACCGGAACGGGCGACCGCCAUCGUCAAUCACCGCAUAAACAUUGGGGAGACUACCAGUGUUGUAAAAGAGAGGCUGACUUCUCUCGCUGGCGCCGUCGCUCAGAAGUACAACCUCACCCUCCACGCUUUUGACGGGAAGGAAGAGCCGUCGUCCAUCAUGCUUCAGUCGAAGGCGUACGAGCUCGAAGUGGCGCCUGUCAGCCCGGCCGACGGGUCCGUCAAGGGGCCGUUUUCGGUCCUCGCAGGCACCGUCCGUGCCGUGUACGGCCAGGAUCUUGUUGUCACGCCGGGAAUCAUGACCGGCAACACGGAUACCCGAUACUACUGGGAUGUGUCGAAACACAUCUUCCGCUUCGCGCCGGGAUACGACCCGGAAGAUGGGCCGGGCUUGGGAAAGAUCCAUACGGUCGAUGAAAAGAUCAGCGUGCUGAACCACAUCAACUCUGUGAAAUGGUUCAUGCUCUUUGUGCGGAAUAUGGAUGAAGCCGAAUUGGAGUAG